AUGACAAGCAAUAAUCUGCUGGAAAAAAUUGUGCAACUGCAAGUGGAACUGAUACGACGAGAUGCUGAAAUAAGAAAGCUGAAAAAAUUCGUUGACCCCGCAAGAAAUUCGCAUUCGCAAAAGCUUGGAAGCAGGAUAGCUGCGUCUAGAACAAGAACGACUGCGACGUCUCCGUUGAUAAACGAGAAUUCGGCUUGGAAUCAAGCACCGACCGACGAUUACUCAUCUCCGAUCGAGCUCGCUGGAGGUUCUGCUGAUAGCUCACAGGUGAUUCAACUUACGAAAAUAUUAUAUUAA